UAAACAAAAUAAUGUAUGGUUUAUAGUUAUAGUUUAUGGAGCAGGCGAGCAAGCCAAUCAGUCUGGUCUUUAAAAUCAACACUUAUCAUAAACUUUUAUUCAGCGGCCGUGCCGCAGCGCAGUUCGCCUCUCCUUUAAAUGUAGCGUUGGAGCCCUGACAUGUCAUAGAUGGCUAACAAUCUCAAAUUAACAUACUACAUUGGCUGUUAAAAUUGCCUAUUGUUUCUUUAAGGAAGAUCUCCUUGCGGAUGAAAGUCUGUUUUGUUCUUAUAUACUCUGGAUAUUUUAAUAUGCUGUUUUUGUUUCAGUUGUAAACAAAAUGGGAAACUUCCUUCUGAAAGGAUUCCAAAGACUAUUUGGUGGUCCAGAAGUUCGUAUAUUAAUGGUUGGCUUAGACAAUGCUGGCAAAACUACGAUUCUUUAUAAAUUCCGCCUCAACGAAACUGUCUCCACUGUUCCUACAAUAGGUUUCAAUGUGGAGACGGUCAAAUAUAAAAACAUUUCCUUCACUGUGUGGGAUAUUGGAGGUCAGGACAAGAUUCGUAACUUGUGGCGCGUGUAUUUAAAAGGUUCGACAGGCUUAAUAUUUGUCGUUGACAGCUCAGAUAAACAACGUAUGAACGAAGCCAAAAUCGAGUUACACAAACUCCUCGAAGAAGAAGAUCUCACUAACGCUCACGUCUUAGUGUUUGCAAAUAAGCAAGAUGUAAUCGGGGCCUUAAAUGUGAACGAUGUAAAGCAUGCUUUAGGACUAGUUGAUAUAACGUCUCACAAUUGGUUUAUUCAACCAACCGUAGCGACGAAGGGAGACGGACUGUACCAAGGACUUGAUUGGUUAGCCACUCAGAUUAACAACAAUCAAUUUUUUAAUAGAAAAAUGUUUUAGAAUUACUCUGUUUAUAAUUGGAGGAUGUUUGACCAGGCUUCUUUCUUAACUGUUUAUCUUGGUGUAAUUUAUUUUUCAAUUAUUGCAGACCAAUCGUAUACAAGAAAUAAAUCUACCGACAAUUUUUUAGCUGUCUUGUAAACAACACCUUUUAAUGUGACUAAGCGAUCGUGUAUUUUUAUGUACAUUUAUAUUCAUUUUCUUAUUUAGCAAUUCUCGGUUUACACUUAAGCUGUGGGGGAUAGCUGGCCAAUCAGUAUUAGUUAUGCGCUUUUAAUUUCGUUUGCAUCGGUUUAUUUCUGACAUCUUUGUACGGCACAAUUUUUGCGUUGUUUCGUUUAUUUAUUUGUUUUUUCCAACUUAGGUAAUUUUCUGGAACGCAGUGUACAAAUAAGUGGUGUUGUGAGUUUCCCUGGAAUAAAGAAAUAACGCCAUUAAGGAUGGGUGUAAGACGGGCGGAUAGAGAGGCGGAUUUAAUAGAUUGUUCAUUUUUUUGAAAAAUAGCGUUUGAUUUUUAUGACAGUAACACCAUCUUUCCAGAAAACUUUGUUUUCCUUCCUGAUAUGGUUUACUGCUUAAUAAUUUAUGGUGUCAUCCAAACUGUUUUCUAUUUGCCAUGUUAUUUUAACAGCAGAUAUUUAUAACUGAUACGCAUAUUGUAACAGAAGAUAACGUAUAGUUCAUUUUUAUAAUUUAUGUCAUGAUUUAAAUGUCUUCAAAUAUGUUGUUAAAAUGAUUUUUUGCGGGUGGAACAUUUGUAUAAAAUGAAUAUAAUUAUGUAAGAAUA